AUGUCUAAGGUGGAAGCACCGGUGACUGAUCUCGGGCCGCUACUCUACUGUAGCACGAUGACGGAAGAGCGCAAGAUGACAUAUGUGAAUCGACCAGAAGGGGAAAUGGAUAUGAUGAUCGGGUUUUUUCUCGUGAAUGGCACAUGUAUUGCCAUAGUAUCACGGGCGAUACGUUUAGGUGAAAUUGACAACUUGAGGAGAGCAUCUGGAGGUAACGAAUAUAUCACAGAGGAGAAACAACUGGAAAGGAUGAAUGGUGAUGAAGAGCAGGUUGACGUGCAAACCGUCUUUCCAAGACGAAAUGUAGCAUUGGAUAAGUCUCAACAAGAAGAAGGAGGAGAGUUGCGUCCGAAGACGUCGAUCAUACGACAGAAUUUACUUGGACCAUUGAGCUUCGACGACCUACACUAUACGUAG